AUGAAACUUCUGCUUCUCUGCGUCUUGUUCGGCCUGCUCGGCACGCUGGUGGUGGCACAGUGGGGCGGCUAUCAGCAGCAGGGCAACUACAACCCAUUCGUCGACUUUUGGAACAACGUCGGCGGUGGCGGAGGAGGUGGAGGAGCCAGCUCCGGCGCCGCGAAUGCCGCCCAGACCGGCAACAGCUACACCGGCGGCGAAGGAUGA